AGCGAGUUCUCCGUAGAAGCCGGCCACGUUUGGUAACCCGAGUUCCCUGGCAGCCUGGUCCGAAAGAACAGCGCUGCCUGCUGCUGCCGCUACAAGAAGGGCCCGCACGCAGCGGCCAAAACGUUAGUUACGCGGCUGCUGGGGCAGGCUGCCGCCGGCCCGCGGCCGCUUGGGCCCUCCGCGCCGCCGUACGGAGGCCGCUCCCCCGCCCCCACGCUCCCCCCAACAUGGCCGUCCCGGCAGGGCCCCCCUCAGCCUGCCGCCCCUCGGGGCCGCUGCCGUCCGCCCGCCGCCGGCCGUAGGGAGGCGGGGGCCGGCCGGCGGCCGCCCUCGCGAGGAGGCAGAGGGAGCCACGGGGCCUCCAUGAGUUGCGGCAGCCCCGGGCCGGGCCUGCCCAGGCGGCUGACUCCUCCCUUGGGGAAGGAGGGUGCUGCUGGGGCCGCCCCCGCCGGGGCCGCCGCCGUGUGACCGUGAGCGCGCAGCCCUGAGCGGCCGUGAGGCGCCGGGCCUGAGCCGGCGGGCGUCGACACCCUGUCCCCGCAGGACAGGGCCUCCUGGGCCCGGCCCGGCCCACGGCUCCCUCCCCGUCCGCCGGGGUUCCCGCCGGCAACGACAAUGUUUUCUCUCAAGCAGCCCAAGCCCACCUUCAGGUCUUAUCUUCUGCCGGUGCCUCAGGUUGAAGACCCUAUAGCAUCAGAACCAAGGAUUAAAAAACUGGAACCAGUACUUUUGCCAGGUGAAAUUGUGGUAAAUGAAGUAAAUUUUGUAAGAAAAUGCAUCGCAACAGAUACAAGUCAGUAUGAUCUGUGGGGCAAACUGGUUUGCACUAACUUCAAGAUUUCCUUUAUUACGGAUGACCCAAUGCCACUACAGAAAUUCCAUUAUAAAAACCUUCUCCUUGGUGAACAUGAUGUCCCACUAACAUGCAUUGAGCAGAUUGUCACAGUGAAUGACACUAAGAGGAAGCAGAAGGUCCUUGGUCCCAACCAAAAGCUUAAAUUUAAUCCAACGGAAUUAAUAAUUUAUUGCAAAGACUUCCGUAUUGUCAGGUUUCGUUUUGAUGAAGCAGGUCCUGAAAGUGCAAAAAAGGUGUGCCUUGCAAUAGCUCAUUAUUCUCAGCCAACAGAUCUUCAGCUUCUCUUUGCAUUUGAGUAUGUUGGGGAAAUAUAUCAUAAUCCAGCAAAGAAGGUGAAUGGAAUAGACCCAGGAGGUGGUGGUGGUGGCAUCGGCAGUGCCAGUGGUCAGCAGACACCUUUGUUUGAAACUUACUCUGAUUGGGAUAGAGAAAUCAAAAGGACAGGUGCAUCAGAGUGGAGAGUUUGUUCAAUCAAUGAAGGUUAUAUGAUAUCUACUUGCCUUCCAGAAUAUUUUGUGGUUCCAUCUUCCUUAGCAGAUCAAGACCUUAAGCUAUACUCCUACUCUUUUAUUGGGAGACGAAUGCCAUUAUGGUCCUGGAAUCACCCUAAUGGGAGUGCCCUUGUAAGAAUGGCCAACAUUAAAGACGUGCUGCAACAAAGAAGGAUUGAUCAAAGGAUUUGUAAUGCAAUAACUCGAAGCCAUCCCCUGAGAAGUGAUGUUUACAAAUCUGAUCUGGACAAGUGUCUCCCCAACAUCCAGGAAAUCCAGGCUGCACAUAUCAAACUCAAGCAGCUGUGUGUUAAUGAGCCUUUUGAAGAAACAGAAGAAAAGUGGCUGUCUUCACUGGAAAAUACUCGCUGGUUAGAGUAUAUUAGAUCAUUUCUUAAGCAUUCUGCUGAGAUUGUGUAUAUGAUGGAGUGUAAGCAUGUUUCCGUGGUUCUGCAAGAGGAAGAGGGACGGGACCUGAGCUGUCUUGCUGCCUCUCUCAUCCAAGUCAUGCUGGAUCCCUAUUUUCGAACAAUUGUUGGAUUUCAAAGCCUAAUACAGAAGGAAUGGGUCAUGGCAGGAUACCAAUUUUUAGAUAGGUGUAACCACUUGAAGAGAUCUGACAAAGAGUCUCCUUUGUUCUUGAUGUUUCUUGACUGUGUUUGGCAGCUGCUAGAACAGUACCCAGCAGCCUUCGAGUUCUCUGAGAUGUACUUGACCAUCCUGCAUGACAGUGCACGUAUCUCACUGUUUGGCACUUUCCUUUUCAAUUGCCCUCAUCAGCGGGUGAAGGAAAGCACCGAAUUUGCCAUAAGCAAAAAUAUUCAGCUGGGUGAUGAGAAAGGCCUCAGAUUCCCUUGUGUUUGGGACUGGUCUCUGCAGUUUGCAAGCAGGGACCGCCUGCUCUUUCACAACCCUUUGUACAUUGGGAAGAGUGCACCGUGUGUACAGAACGGAGCUGUCAAAACUUUUAAACGCUCAAAGAAAAACUACAGCUCCACAUUGCGAGGGGUCCCCCCAGCACUAAAAAACGGCAUCAUCAGUGAGCAAGAGUUCCUUCCAAGAAGAAACUCUCUUAUACUAAAACUGAAACCAGACUUUUUGCAGCAAACAGAGAGUCAGAGUAACAGUAUGGAACAGUACUUCAGGGACUGGUUUGCAAAGCCCGUUGACUUGCACGGCGUCAUUCUGCCCCAUAUCUCUGGGACACAAAUAAAACUGUGGAAACUGUGCUACUUCCGCUGGGUUCCCGAGGCCCAGAUCAACCACGGGGGCUUCAUCACUGCUUUCCACAGAGUGUCUCUGCUGGCAGACGAAGUGGACAUGUUAAACCGGAAUCUUCGGCAGUACAAGAGCAACUCUCCUCUGCAAGGCAGCUGCUCGGAACUGGAUCAAAGCAAGAUGUACUUCAGAGCAAAUGGUCUACGUGACACCUCUGGGGCCCCAGACUUUCUCUCCUCCUCAUUCCCAUUUUCUCCUAUAGGGAACCUAUGCAGACGGAGCAUUCUGGGAACACCUUUAAGCAAAUUUCUAAGUGGUGCCAAAAUCUGGCUGUCCACUGAGACGCUUGCAAAUGAAGACUGAGAUGAUGCGAGGGUUGAAAGGUUUGGGGAGAACACAGCAUAUCAUUUUGUCUAAGUUAACACUGCUAAACGCGCCAUUGGAAGCUGUAAUAAUUUUUAUAUACAAACAUUACGUAAGUUUUGCACAAAUAUUGAAACGCAAAGCAAGUCAUGCUUCAAAUCGCACAAUUUUGCCCCCAGUCGUGCUCAUCUGCCAGGGCUUCUGGUCCCAGCCCCUCCCCUAGUUGCUGUGGUUUGGUUCCCUGUCUGCAGUGAAGCAGUCCAUUACCCGGUUGAAGGGCUGUGUGCUGUGCUCCUUCCUGACGGUUCUGCUUGAAAUACCUUUUUUUUUUCCCCACAUAGUGAGUGAAGUGUCUCUUGUGUCAAAGCCACUUGGCUAAUCAUAGUUAGGUGCAGUGGACACAGAGCAGCAGCUGAGAUCUGGGAACAAACCAUUUCAUGAGCUUGCCUCUUGGGAAAGGUCCUUAACCUGCACCCAGACACACAAGGACACGCAGCUGUUCUCUGCCUCGGUCGCCCUGUGUGUUUGUGUGUGUGUGUGUGUGUGUUCAUGCAGUGUGUGUCGGGGGGACCUCAUUCCAUUUCUCUCUCUCUCUCCAAAAUGUAUUCAUUAACAGUCAGAUAUGUGCUCUUUGUCAUGGACUUUAGACUAUAGGAAUAAACUUCAGGACAAUGCACUGUUAACCUUAACACAUUUACUGUAGAUAGGGUAUUGUAGUAGCUUUAGAAGUGCCUUUAAUUGGGAGGAAGCAGUAGCAAGAUUAAUGCAGCUGGCACUCCCUUCCCUUUUUACAGCAUUGUUAUGGUAAGUUCUUGCUCCAACCCCUGCUCCCUCCUCCAUUUCUGGAAAUAGCAGCAGGCCAGCUCAACAGCCAGCCAGCUUUUCCUCAUUCAGGUUAUGCCUGUUUGUCUCAUGAGAGCCUCACUGAGCACUCAAAUCCUCAGCAUUCCAUCCCUGCACGGACCCAGAUCCCUGCUGCACCUCUCCUCAGCCUGUUGUAGGAUGAAGUAGCUGUUGGCAGAAUCCAUGCUAAAGCCCUACAGAGUUCCAGACAGGAGGACAUGCUGCAAGUGGCCAAAUCCAUGAGGGUGCUUAGUGCUGUUGUCACUUGUAAGCAGGUGCUGGAAGAAAAGUGGUGAGUGGUGCCCUGUUUUUACAUGCCUGCCAGUCCAUACAGAUGGUGCGGUGGGCGAGCACUGCCUGAGGGAAUUAAAUCCAACAGCCUCCCUGGGCUUGAUGAGCAGCCACCUCUUUGCUCUAAAACCUUUCAAAUGAUACCUCUCCCCUGGGUGCUGUGCCAGAAAAAGCCUCAAGCUUGAUGGGGAGAAAAGCAAGAGAGUAAAGUAUGCUGGGAGGGUGGAAGGAAGGUAAUGUGUGAAGGUUUCUGUCAACUGCCUUCUAAGAGCAAGGCUGUGCUUUUGUAUUAACUGAUCUCUGUAAAACACAGCGUUGAACCAUCACUGAGCCUCUGUUCAAGUGUUGACUCACAAGUUCGGGCACUAAAGGUCUUGUGUGCUAGACUAGAAGCUAUUCUCAGUUCUCGGCAGGGUGAAGCAGCAUGGUGACAAUAUGCAGUAUAUUAGAGUUAAAAAAGGCAGGGAGCAAGAGGAUGUGGAGCUCUUCAUUUGUUUGUAAAAACCAAACUGGUCUUCAGCACAGUCUAAACCACAGUGUGCGUUUUGGAUGUCCAAGAUUGCUUAUUUAUUUUGGAGCAUGUGCAUCUGGAGCGCCCGUACAGUGCCAGCUGUGCGCUAGGAAGGGCAAGAUCUGCCUUGGCCCCAGGCUGCAGAGCUGGGGUGGGGGGGGGGGGGUGCUGGAGCUGCUGCCUCCUCACACUCCUGUGUCAGUGGGGUAAGCAGCAGGUCCUCGUGAAGGUGAGCUGUUGGGGGCAGGCUUCCUUUUUUAGCUAAUUAAGCCUGCAGCCCCUUUUUCUGCAGAGAAGCCAGGCACGUGGGCACAGGCGUGUGCAGGCGCGGGCACACACAUACACUCCGUCCCGUCCUGCCUUACGGCACGGUGCUGCCUGGGUUCCGCUCAGCUGUUUGUGAGGAAAAACAUGCAUUCACCUCAGUUGCCAACUUAUGCUGCAAGGUGGUCUCAGCAUGUUAAAUGGUCCACAAACCAGUUGUGUUUACUUACAAGCUUGCUGGAGCAGUCACCUAACUCCUUCAAUCCAUUAUUCAGUUGUUUGUAUUUGUUUGCUGUUGGGAUUAUUUUUUUUUCAGUCUUUUCUCCCCCAUUAGCUAACUGUUUUCCCUGGCCUGAUACUUGACAUAAAGGACCUCAACCUGUGUGCUUAGUGUCUUUUGGUACCAAUUGUUUUGGGGUUUUUUUUUAAACUACAGUUAAAACUAUGGUCUUUUUUUUCCUUAAAAGUUUAACUUUUUUUUUUGUUUAAGGUACCAAAAAAAAAAAUGUAAAUAAAUUACUCCACACGGGCAGCUGGUGGAAUUAAAAGAAAAAAAUUUAGGUAGUGCCCUUUGGGGGAAAACAUGGGUACUCUAUUUAAACAGGACUGUCUUUUGUAAGGAGCUUUCAGACAUUUUUACAUUUCAGUUCUAAGAUGUGUACAGAUGCUGCAGAUGGUCUUUGUAUUUUAUAUAUAGAGCAUGGGAGGGGGUUGAAAAUAAUAUGCCUUUAUAAUAAACAAAAACGUGUCUCAAUAUCUAUUUGCCAAACAGUACUAAAUGCUACACAGCUCACAAAGGAGAGUCGGGUGUGUAGAGGCUGAUGGCAACUGGCGGCAGGGGAAAGGGGAGCUGCUGCCUCCAUGGCCAGGCCCCUAGCUAUGGCCUGAGCCAGGCCCCCCAGGGCUGCCUCAAGCUGGGCUGCUACCCAGGAGCCUCAGUGAGGGCCAUGGGGCUGUGUGUGGUGUGUGGCACCUGCAGAUGUCCUUCCUUCCUUUGCUACCCAGGAGCCUCAGUGAGGGCCAUGGGGCUGUGUGUGGUGUGUGGCACCUGCAGAUGUCCUUCCUUCCUUUCCUUCCUUUCCUUCCUUUCCUUCCUUUCCUUCCUUUCCUUCCUUUCCUUCCUUUCCUUCCUUUCCUUCCUUUCCUUCCUCCCUCCCUCCUCAGUUAAACAUCUGCAUUUCUUCUCUUGACUUGUGAAAGACAGGUACUAAAUGUUCAUUUUAAACUAUUCUCCACACUGCAGCAUUGCCUUACCAACACAGUAACAUCUCUAACAACUUUCAGAAGCAAUUUUGGGGUGUGAGUAUGUGUCUUUUAACGCCUGUGUACAGAGUACUGACAUACGAGCGUGUGUGUAUAUAUGUGUGUGUGUGUUUGUAUACGUAUGUACACCUUUUCCAAUUCUAAUUUCUGUCCACCAUGCAAAACAAGAUACUGUUAAUGCCAUCUUGGUGUUGCAAGAGUUGAAAAACUACCAAGAUGUUUUAUCUUUUGUUGUCUGUUUCUAGAAAACAUGCACUAUUUUGGCUGUUCCUGGCUGUUCCAACCUUUGUACUACACUGUAAACCACAAAGGGGGAGGCAGGAAACGCUGGCUGAUGGGGCUCAAGUGACCCUCCAGUAUCACUAAUGACCGCGAGGCAGAGUUUAUGGUGGUCAGACCAGGGAUGCUGGUCAGACACACUGAGCUGCUGGUUUCUGCCACUCCAGAAAGGCAUUGCAAAGUGCCCUGUGUGUACCCAGGCCUGGGUGUGUGUCCCUGUGCACCUGCCUGCCACACCACUUUGAUAGUAACUGCCUUGUAUUUUUAAUGAAAAUGUAGCAAGUGGGGCAAAGGUUUUGGCUCACUCUCAGCCAGGAAGACGUUAAAACCAAAAACAAUCUCUAAUGAAUAUUUAAACAAAGGAUGAAAUCUUAAUUUUGCCUCUAACAUUAAGAGACAGAAAUCUGUACCUCAAAUUGCUCUAGGCAGUAGGCUUCUAAUGCUGUUGCUGUGAUGGUUUAGAAUUCACUAUUUCAACUGAAACUAAAACCUUUGUGCCUGAUAACGAUUUAUUGAGUAAAGUAGCAGUGCCGGGAGGAUUAUAAAAUCCUGAUGCUGAGUUGUGAAUGUGAAGUAAAUUAGACUAAAUAAAUUCAUACCUUUCCACAGUGAA